CUUUACGGUUAUAAUCUUAACUACAAAAUAAAAACUAACUAAAUUAUAGAAUUAUAGUUAUCAAAAUAAUUGUUUCAAAUGUUACACGGUUAUAGUUAUCAAGUUUUAUCAGUGUACAGGUAAUACAUUCAAAGUUGGCGCUUAAAGUUGCGGAAUCCGGAAGUAAUUAUCAAAAUAUAUCGCGCGUUGUUUUUGGCCUAGUCUGCGGCUGUGUGCUGUGGAAUAAACGCAAUGCGAAAUGGACUCAGUGUUGAUUGUGUGAGAAAUUCUGGUUUAUCAUCAAUAAGUUUCCCUAUAUUAUAUUUUCCAAUGACACUGGAGUAGAGACGGGUAGUCGGAACUUUUGUUUUGUUACAACAAAACAAACAUAACCUACAAGAGGUUUUGACAUUUAGCAUAUUUAUCUAUGGAGUGAUGUAGAAGGAAAUAUUGUUCAGUUCGUUGUUAAUUGGAUCGGAACAUUUAUGUUCGGAAUUGUUUAUCCUUCUACAAGAGGGACAAUCACAAGUGGUGGUAUUGAAUGAAUGUUUUGGCCAAUAGCAAUUCGCCUCUCCUGUUAUCAACCAAUAAGGGAGAAACAAUGAGCAUAACAUAAGGGAGCGAGCUGAGGCGAAGAUGUCCGAUCAUUUCUGUGAGCAAAAUAACGCGAAAUUAUCAAAUUCGGUGGAAAAUUUGGAGUAUUUUCAACAAGACAUUGGUGAUAGUAUACGUGGGGAAGAAAUAAAUCAUUCCUAUGAUCAUAUGUAUGCUACGAACCACGAAGAAAAUGGUAUAACAGAAGAACCGCAAACGACCUGUCAAACGUCAGAAAGUGAGGUUAACUUUCUCAAAGAAUUCUUGUUGAUACAUUUGGAUUUAAUCCAGCAACAGAAUGAUGACAUUAUAAAUAAAGAAAAUACUAUUUUUAUAUUGCAGCAAGAGAAUGCAAGGCUUCGUGAGCAAUUGAAUUGCAUGGAAAGUGGACUUGCAGGUCAAUCAAGUUCUAAUUUUGAAAUUACAAAGUCUCCUCACUCAAGCCCAGCUAGCUCCACAGAAGAUAUGACCCCAGACUUGGGUCCAAUUGAAGAGCAAAAUAUAGAACUUGUACCACAAGUACCAGAACUAUGUUUACCCUCUGAAACUGUAGAUGAAGCCAAAGUAUACAAUGAUAUUUCUAUAAAUGAUGAUUCUCAAACACAGCCUGUAGAAUUGAAUGUUAAGGAAGAACCAGAUGAAGUAAAUCCAGAAGUUACAGUUGUUGAACCAGAGAUUGUAGUUUCUGAAGAUACUGAAGAGGAUAAUAAACCACUUGCACAGAGAAGAGAUAAUUCUGAAAGUGGCAACCUGGCUAAUUUUGCAGAAGCUAGUUAUACUAUACACUCAAAUACAGUAACUAGUGGUGAUCCAAUGAAGAAUUUAAAAAUGAGCAUUCGUCGGAAGAGAUUUUAUUCAAACUCUUCAGCAGUGUCCAAUAAUGAUUCUGCAUCAGAGGAAAAGAAAAAUUGUAGACGACACUCGAGAAAAAGGCGGAAAAGAUCUAUUGCGAAAAACGAUGAAUUUUUAACGAGUGAUGAGCAAUAUGUAACGCAAGUUGGAGAUGAAUCUUUAGAUAUUAUUCGACGCCAGGAAUUAGCUGAAGAAGCUGCAAAAGCUGCAACAUCAAACCUUGAGGUCCCGCGGUGGCGAGUGAAAGUUUAUACAAGUUGCUAUACAAUGGAAGGAACUGAAAAUUUGGAAGAUGAGGCUUUUUUACGGAGACACACUAGAUUAGAAAAUGAUGAGCGGAGAAGGAAACGAUGGGAUGUCCAAAGGAUACGAGAACAGAGGAUAGUAGAAAAAUUAAAACAAAGGCAAGAUAGAAUAGAUGCCAAUAAUAGAGGAUCCGAACAAACAGAGACCGUGGAUUCCUUAUGGCCGUGUAUUGACGAUAUUAAAUAUAUAGAAUUAUGUGAUUCGCUUCCAGUGUCUGCAUUUGGUUGCUUACUACCUAAAUUACCUCCAAGCGAAUUUAGUUUACCUUGGCUAACAAAUCCAGCAAUAAAGAAAACAAUAGCAAGAAAACAAAGUGGGCGACGAAGAGGUACCAAACGAUAAGUAUAUUAGUUAUUUAUUUUAUUACUAAUCCUUCUCUCUUUCGGCAAUGACAAAUUUUCUCAAUAAAGAUCAUAUCAAAGUUCUUGUAAAACAGACCCAAAAAACAGAUUUAUGUUAAAUACAUCAGAAUAUUAAAUUUAUUUUAAUGUUAUUAUUGUUUGCUAGCAAUAUUGAACACAUUUCAAAGUUGUUAAAUCAUUUUAUUUGUAAUGUAUCCUAGAUAAAAAAACGCAAUUUGAUCUCUGAAACUUUUAAUUAGUUGUUUUAAGCAUCACACUUAACUAAUGAAUGUUUAAUAUACAUAUGCAGAUGGGGAACUUGUAUAGAAUGUAAAAUUUAUUUUAUUACCUUAUGGACUGUUAACAUUACCCUACGGACUGCACUAGUUAAGAUUCAGAUAAUUUCUUUAUAAUUUUAGUGUCAUCCUUCAUCUGCAUCUUAUCUUCCUUAGAUGCAGUACUUUGAAUAGCAAUUUACCAGUUUAUAGAAGCGAAAGUGUUUGGAUUAUUUUCAAGAAUAUUUUAUUUUUUUUUUCUUAUAUAAUUCUCAAUUCUUGAAUACUUUACGAACUGAUUUGUAAUUUGU